GGCACAUGGUGUGUGUCGUCGGCUACCGACGAGAGUAGUUGAUGUCACACGGUACCAAUACCAAAGAGUACAAAAUAGCAUGCCAGAUCAAGGCAGAAUAUUAAGUCGCAUCUUUCUAUUUUGCGUUUUCCUGACCAAUUCGACAUGGAUUAUUGUCGGAAAUCCCAUUUGCUACAGAACGAAACGGGAAGUGGAGAUAGCAUCGACCAACUGGACCGCCUUAGCCGACGAAUGGAUCGCAGCGAAAGCCAGAGCUGCCGAGAAGAUGGACGUCGCUUUACUGCCAUUCAAUGAGAGAUUCCGAGAACUACCGCCUACAGCGGAAACCUUUAUCGUUAAUGGCACGAGCCCGGAACAGUUGGAACGAUUAAAUUAUUCACGGAUGUUAUGGGAUAUCGAAACGGUUCAACCAAACGGACACCUAUCUGGAUUUGUGGACAAAGCUCUUAAGCUGCUAGAUUUAAGACAAGUGAUGAUGGAGGUCGAAACCUCUGUUAUGUCCAAGGUCUCUUGUACUGCUUGUAAAGUCGGCGCUGGUUUGCUGCAGCACUACAUAAAGAACGGCAAGAAUGACGAGGAGAUCAUGGCUAGCAUUUAUCAGUUCUGCGUAUCGCUCAACAUACAGAGUCCCCGAGUUUGUCACGGAGUAACCAUGCUCUUUGGGGGAGAGGUGAUUUAUGUCCUGAAACAGGUUAACAUGGGUCCGGCGCAGAUCUGCAGCUUCGUGAUCGGCGAUGCGUGCGAUGAUACUUUUAAUCCAUUGCAUGAAUGGGAGGUGGCCUUUCCACCGGUUAAAAAGCCGCCGAUCAAGCCGCCGAUCCCGCCACAGGAAGGCGCGCCGACAUUCAAGGUCCUGCACAUUUCUGACACGCACUACGAUCCAUAUUAUCAUGAGGGUGCGAAUGCAGAGUGCAAGGAGCCGCUCUGCUGUCGGCUAACAAACGGCGCUCCGUUGACUACCUUUGCCGCUGCCGGACGAUGGGGCGAUUAUAGAAAAUGCGAUACACCGAAGAGAACGAUCGAUCAUAUGCUUAAGCACAUCGCCGACACACAUUCGGUGAGUAGCACAUGCGAUUAA